AUGGCUUCGAAUAGCCACAAUCGCGGCCACGACGAAGACAAUGCUCUCACGGAUCAAUCAAUUCCUUUACAAGACCUUUCCGGGCCGUUGGAGCGCAGUCAGUCUAGGACAAGUCGGGUAGGAAGCAGAUUUCUGUCAAGGCGAUCUUUGAGACGAGGAGGCUCUCUGAGUAACUAUGAGAGGGUGUCGGAGGAGUCCCCUGUUGAACCCCCGCCAGUCGCACGGCGUGCACGUCCGCAACAUGCUGGCCAUGAUAAUGAAGAUGCGUUCCAUAUCGAGGAUCCGGGGACAUUUGCUCAGGCAAUGUCGACGGUGGGCCUCAGUUUCGACCCGACACAUAGUACCACAACUUCAGCGCGACGCCGCGAAUCUAGCUCCGACCUGACGAAUGUCCCUCUCGAUGACUUUGGCCCGCAGGAAGCUGAACACUACCUUUCCCCAACCGAUACCUACGAGGAUACGGCCCCGUUGACCGACCAUCGUUUUCUUCAGCCCAUCAGCGGAGCUUCUCACAACUUUUCAGGCGGACAGGAUGACCGAAGCAGCACGCACGGCGACCGUUUCCCUUCCGAUUCGCGUCCAGAGUCGCGUUUGGGUGAUGAUCUGCCACACCUUGAGAGCGGUUUGGGUCGGAGACGUCGCGGGAGCAGCAGCGCAGGAGAUAGUCGGGCCCGUUCCUUGUCUCCUUCGGCCACUGGGUCUGCUUUGCAGCGCGCGAGUUCGAUGAUGAAGUCGAUGUCGCAGCGUGUUGUUAAUCUGAGUAACGAGCCGGAGGUGGUUGAACAAGCAAUUAUGAGGGAGGAACAGCACAAGAAUGCACGACUCGAAGAACCUCCGUCGCUUCCCUCCUUGAGCGGAUAUGCACACGAUGCGCCGUCUGUCGGAAUGUCUAAUGAUCAACUACCGCGGACUAGAACAUCCGCGAGCAAAGCGUGGAGGAUGUACAACAAUCCUUUGAGAGGCAAAGCACUCGGAAUCCUGGGUCCGGACAACCUUAUACGGGUGUGGCUAUGCGACAUCCUAGUUCAUCCUUUCAUGGAGCCAUUUAUUCUGGUUGUGAUCAUUAUUCAGACGAUAUUGCUGGCUCUCGAAUCGGCAAAGUCGGUCUGGGAUCAUCCGCGAUCUGUGCGUUGGGGCUCUAAUCCCAUGGACUACGCUUAUUUUGUCAUCUUUGUUAUUUACACAUUGGAGCUAAUAGCCAAGAUCCUGGUGUCGGGUUUUAUCAUCAAUCCGGCGGAAUACAGUACCCUAGAUCGAUCGAUGGGGUUGAGAAAGGCAAUCGCGGAGAAAGGAAAAAAUCUACUUGCACCGCAACGGCAAUUUGCCUCCAAACAAGCCUCUAGCUCCCCAGAGCCACAGCAGGCCUCAAUUAUACGCACGUUUACUGGCGGUUUCGAUCAGUUGCAGCCAGAAGUCAUCGAUGACCCUUUACAGCCACGCCGCGUGCGACUCGCACACCGUGCUUUUCUCCGGCAUUCGUUCAAUCGUCUCGAUUUCGUCGCUGUCGUAGCAUUCUGGGUAUCCUUCUUACUCUCCCUCACCGGUGUCGAAACUCGCCAGCAGUUAUACGUGUUUCGCAUGCUCAGCUGCCUUCGCAUCUUGCGUCUUCUUGCGCUCACCAACGGCACAUCAGUCAUUCUCCGAAGUCUCAAGAAAGCAGCUCCCUUGCUUGUUCAUGUUGCAUUCCUUAUAGGCUUCUUCUGGCUACUGUUUGCUAUUGUCGGGAUCCAGAGCUUCAAGUCGAGCUUGCGACGCACAUGCCGCUGGCUCGGUCGUGACAAUGAGACUGACUUUGAUCUCAACGAUCCGUACGGCACGCUACAAUUCUGCGGUGGAUAUCUCAAUGCGACUACUGGCGCCAAAGAGCCUUGGCUAAAAAAUGAUCUCACUCCGAGCGAUGGGGAUGCGAAAGGGUAUCUCUGCCCCCAAGGCUCCAUUUGUGUUGAAAACACCAAUCCAUAUGGGGGAACAGUCAAUUUCGAUAAUAUCCUGCAUUCACUGGAGCUUGUCUUUGUGAUCAUGAGCUCAAACACCUUUUCAGAUCUUCUAUAUUACACUACCGAUAGUGAUUAUCUCGCAGCUGCUCUUUUCUUCGCCUUCGGUAUCGUCAUUUUAAGUCUGUGGUUGGUCAAUCUGCUGGUUGCAGUGAUCACGCACUCAUUCCAAGUCAUCAGAGAAGAGAGCAAGCGAAGCGCCUUCGCUGUUCAGAAACUCGACUCGGUUGAUACGGAGAACACAUCUACCCGCAAAACUAGUAGUUUCAAACGUCUCUAUGACAAGUCGGAGUGGCUCUGGAUUGGCAUCAUCAUUCUCGAUCUCGUUGUGCAGGCUAUGAGAAGCUCGACGAUGGAGGAGGAUCGAGCUAAUCUUAUCAAUGUUGUCGAAGUCUUUGUCACUAUCAUUCUUCUUUUUGAAAUCAUCAUACGCUUUGCAUCCGAUUGGCGCAGAUUCCACCGAAGUCGCCGGAACUGGGUUGAUCUAGGACUCGCGCUCAUUACCUGCGUCAUCCAGAUACCCGCGAUCAAGCAUUCGGGGCGUCCGUAUGAUGUUCUCACUCUCUUUCAGAUUCUCCGAGUAUACCGAGUGGUACUAGCGUUCUCGGUUACCAGGAACCUCAUCAUGGUUGUCUUUCGUAACGCGACUGGUCUGUUGAACCUGAUCAUGUUCGUGUUUCUGAUUACGUUCCUUGCGUCCAUUUUCGCGACCCAGCUUUUUCGCGGCCAGAUACCCGCAGAGAACAAUGAUGGUGACCAGAUCGAUAUCAACUUUGCUGAUAUAUAUAAUUCGUUCCUCGGCAUGUAUCAGAUUUUAUCCAGCGAGAAUUGGACUACUAUGUUAUACGACGCAACCACAUUUACGUACCCGUUCAACACUGCCUGGAUUUCCGCCGUCUUCAUCAUCUUAUGGUUCAUCGUGGCGAACUUCAUCGUUCUCAACAUGUUCAUUGCUGUCAUCCAGGAGAGUUUCGACGUCUCUGAAGACGAGAAACGGUUGCAGCAGGUCAGGGCAUUCCUGGAGCAGAAACAGGUCAGCGGUAAUUCUCAGGGGAACUUAUCUCUGUCGAAGAUCCUCAUGCUGGGCAGAGACUCCAACCGCUACAGGGAUCCUCUCGAUCAUGGACCAGCGGCCCUAGAAAUGCUACUGAAAGAUGCCGUUGUGCGGGAAUUCCUUGAUGAGCAAGAAGCGCCUACGGAAAGUCGACGACGGGACAGUGUGCCUUUAGAGACUGCAGCGGCCGCGACGGCUGAGACCGUCCGCCCCGGCGUGUUCUCGCGGUGGUGGACGGCCAUUACCACGUCUGUUUUGCGCAGGGAGCCGAAUCCCUUCUAUUCCAAAUUGAAAUUCUCUAGAGCAUACGAAGAGCUAGAUCCGAAGGAAAUGGCCAAGGAGGUGGUUUCUGCCGCUGAGCAGCGGAAACGAGCACAGCGAGAGUAUUUGAUGAGACACCCGAAUUACAAUAAGUCGCUGUUCAUCUUCGCGCCUGACAAUCCCGUUCGGAGACUUUGUCAACGCAUCGUCGGGCCGGGACGUGGGCAUCAACGAGUCGAAGGAGUGGAUCCCUAUAAGCCGGUCUGGUAUACAUUUUCAGCUUUUGUCUACGCGGCGAUUGUUGCCAUGGUCCUGAUUGCGUGCAUCACCACUCCGAUCUAUCAGCGCAAUUAUCAAGUGCAGUGGCAUGGCGAGGCUAUGCCGUGGUAUGUUUACACCGAUACGGGCUUCGCAAUCCUGUUCACAAUAGAAGCACUCAUUAAGGUCAUUGCGGACGGUUUCUUCUGGACACCAAAUGCAUACUUUCGAGGAUCAUGGGGAUUCAUCGAUGGAAUUGUCUUGAUCACUCUUUGGAUCAAUGUGGGCAGCUCACUGUUCAGGGACUGGGGUGUCUCUAGAGCUAUUGGGGCUUUCAAAGCCUUGAGGGCCCUGCGUUUAUUGAACGUCAGUGACAGUGCCAAGGACACCUUCCAUUCAGUUAUCAUCGUGGGUGGAUGGAAAGUCAUCGCUGCUGCCCUGGUCUCGGUCAGUUUUCUGAUACCAUUUGCCAUCUAUGGUGUCACCCUUUACAACGGACAAAUGGUCCAAUGCAAUGACGGAAGUAUAGUUGGGAGUCUAGACCAGUGCAUCAAUGAAUACUUAAGCUCACCCUACAACUGGGACGUCUUAGCACCGCGUGUCGCAUCAAACCCUUUUUACGACUUUGACAAUUUUGGGGAUGCUCUAUUCAUCCUUUUCCAGAUUGUCUCCCAGGAGGGCUGGAUUGAUGUGCAGAACAGCGCUAUGAGUAUUACAGGGAAGGACAUGCAGCCACAGUCGUUUGCAGCGCCAGCCAACGGCCUCUUCUUCAUUGUGUUCAAUUUGCUCGGUGCCGUCUUCGUGCUGACACUGUUCGUGUCUGUGUUCAUGCGAAACUACACGGAACAGACGGGUGUCGCUUUUUUGACUGCUGAACAGCGAUCUUGGCUUGAGUUGAGGAAACUCUUGAGACAAAUCUCUCCGUCGAAACGCUCGCUCGACCGCAAGAGCAGUAAAUGGAAGUUAUGGUGCUAUCGGAUUGCCGUCAAGAAACAUGGUCGAUGGGCGAGAUGCGUGACUAUUAUUCUUGUCCUCCAUCUCCUCUUGCUUGUGCUGGAAUUUUAUCCGGAGCCUUAUUUGUGGGAGUUGACAAGGCAGGCAUUGUUCUUUGCUUUCACAUUUUUCUAUAUUGCAAAUGUCCUCAUACGACUCCUUGGACUGGGCUGGCACCGGUUCAGUAGGAGUUCCUGGGACCUCUACUCAUUAAUCGCUGUCCCGGGUACCUUCAUUACGACUAUUCUCAACUAUCUACUGAGGAAUCAGGUCAUUGUGGAACUAAACAAGCUUUUCCUUGUGUCUAUAACCCUCCUGCUGAUUCCGCGAAACAAUCAGUUGGAUCAGCUUUUCAAGACGGCUGCAGCCAGUUUGACGGCUAUCGGGAACUUACUCGCUACAUGGUUUGUCCUUUUCCUCGUCUAUGCGAUAGCCCUGAACCAAGCCUUCGGUCUCACAAAGUUCGGUGAGAAUGAGAAUAACAAUAUCAAUUUCCGAGACAUUCCGAGGGCACUCAUUCUUCUUUUUCGAAUGAGCUGCGGGGAAGGAUGGAACCAACUGAUGGAAGAUUUUGCGACGAUGGUGCCGCCCUUUUGCACAUAUGACAGCGACUUCUUCAAUGACGACUGCGGCAGCGCUGCCUGGGCUCGGCCACUUUUCAUUUCGUGGAACAUCAUCAGCAUGUAUAUCUUUGUGUCUCUAUUUGUCUCGUUGAUCUUCGAGAGCUUUUCCUAUGUGUAUCAACGGAGCAGUGGGCUCUACGCAAUCAGUCGUGAAGAAAUUCGCCGCUUCAAGCAGGCCUGGGCGACCUUCGAUCCUGACGGGACUGGCUAUAUCACCAAGGAACAAUUUCCCCGUUUGCUUGGCGAACUCUCGGGCGACUUUGCCAUGCGCAUCUAUGACGACGAGUUCACGAUUGGGCGGAUUCUAGAGAAGUGUCAGGUAGAUAAAAGAGACUCACUCAUUGCCCAUAGAAGAGUGGUUGAAGGGCUGGACCUCGACAAACUGUCCCGGAUUCUGCGGCAAAUUCCAGUGGAGACUGUUCGGAAGCGACGACAACGGCUGAAUCGGUUUUACGAAGAGGUGCUGGUAUCCGCGGACCCAGUGCGCGGUAUCUCCUUCCACUCGAUUCUGAUGAUCUUGGCUCAUUACAAUGUCAUCAGCGACAGCAAGAGCUUGAGAUUAGAGGAAUUCCUUCGUCGUCGGGCGCGUCUGCAGCGAGUAGAGGAGGCUGUGCGCCGAAACACGGUGAUCGGCUUCUUUGAUACACUGUAUUGGUCGCGGGAAUUCCGCCGCAAGGUCAAUGCAAAGAAAUCAUCACGAAUGAGCGAGGUACCGCAGUUCACCGUCCCAGAGAUCUUUGUGGACGAUGGUUAUCAAGAGGGGUCCGGGACAGCGGAAGAGGCCGGUGGGGUCAGCCUGGGGGCCCAAGAUGCCGUUAUGAGUGGAGACGAGGACACCCAGCCGAUGCUGUCGCCGAUCUCGCCGACGCGAGGCCCAUCCAGCCCGACAUCAUCACGGCAACUGCCCCGGCUGGACACCAACUUGACCGGACGCAUGUCCAAUGUCAGCUCGCCGACCGAGUGGUCGAGCAUCAGUCCGUCGCUGGCACCAGGAAGCCGUGAACGGUCGCAUACCCUCUCGUCCUACGACGCCGGGCCGGACGUGCCCAUUAGUCCCGCGGGAUCCAACCAUUCGCGAGAAAACAGCGCGAUGAAUGUACAGGAUGUGAUGCAGUCGUUGGAUGAUUCCGCCUGGGGCGAGAGUAUCCGGCGCAGCUUCACCCAACGUCGAUCGAACGGUAGUCAACCGUAA